GGACGAGCGGUGCCGAACGGUUAGUCCCGACUGGCGGACGAGAGGAGGAGGUGGUGCACGCGUGAGAAAACGGAGACUCGGCGUGCAUUUUUCGGUGUGUCGCGUGGGACGAGGGCGAGACCAUGGACGCGUGGAUGUACGACGUGGUCUGUAUGAUGUCUGAUGCUACCACGGAAAGCAUGAUCGGGAAUAAUAGGACGAUGCCCAACAUCAAGCAGGAAAUCGAUAAUCCAACGACGCCCACGCAAAAUUAUCAAGUGUGUUCGCCAACCACGACUCUUCAGCAUCAGGAGUCGAUAUGCACAAAAUUAGACAUCGCGACGGAUUACGGCGAUAGCAACGGUAGUCCCGAGAGUCCAGAGAUGCAUCAUUGUUCCUCGACGACGCAGCCGUUGGGAACUCCAGAGGACGGCGUUAAGGAAGAAGAUAUGAUACCCAGGAGGCUUUGCCUUGUCUGCGGCGACGUGGCGAGCGGUUUCCAUUACGGGGUUGCUUCGUGCGAGGCGUGCAAGGCUUUCUUCAAGAGAACUAUACAAGGAAACAUCGAGUACACGUGUCCGGCGAACGGCGAGUGCGAGAUAAACAAACGGAGACGUAAAGCGUGCCAGGCGUGUAGAUUUCAGAAAUGUUUGCGGCAGGGAAUGCUGAAGGAAGGCGUCCGAUUGGAUCGCGUUCGAGGCGGUCGACAAAAGUACAGAAGAUCCACGGAUCCUUACACGCCGGCCGUCAAGAAUACCACGCUAGAGGCUAACGUAGCGUCGGCAGGUUCUACUGAAACGAUAAACAACAAGAUGGUCGAAGCCUUGACGGCCUGUGAACCGGAUAUGCUUCAAGUGUCCAAUAUGACGAGUAUACCGGAGAUGGAUCAGAGAGUCCUCGGACAACUGUCGGAUCUCUACGAUCGAGAGUUGGUCGGCAUAAUUGGUUGGGCUAAGCAGAUACCAGGAUUCAGCAAUUUAGCGCUGAACGAUCAAAUGCGACUUCUGCAGAGCACCUGGGCUGAAAUAAUAACCUUCACUUUGGCGUGGAGAAGUAUGCCUAAUACCGGUAGAUUGAGGUUUGCGCAAGAUUUUACAUUGGACGAGAAACUCGCACGUGAUUGCCACUGCAUGGAGCUUUAUUCGCACUGUAUACAAAUAAUCGAGAGGAUCCAGCGGUUGGGCUUAACGCGGGAGGAAUAUUGCGUGAUGAAAGCGUUAAUUCUAGCGAACAGCGACGCUAGAUCCGACGAGCCUCAAGCGCUCUACCGUUUCCGAGAUUCUAUCCUGAAUGCUCUAUCGGAUUGCGUGGCGGCGGUGAGACCCGGGCAAGCCCUCCGCGUCACGCAAAACAUGCUACUAGUGCUGCCCAGUCUCAGACAGGCCGAUGGAAUCGUCAGACGUUUCUGGUCCGGUGUGUACAGAUCGGGAAAGGUACCAAUGAACAAGCUUUUCGAGGAGAUGCUGGAGAAUGUUUGUCGAUGAGAUACGUCUCGUCAAAUUGCAAAUUUAAUAACUCGACCGCCCGUCGCCAGGAUCAUGCCGUUGUUUAUUGUAAGCUGAUGAUGUUUACCACCAACGUGAUUAUUAUGUUAUUGUACAUCAUUAUUUCGGGCACGUUUUUUUCGGUGUGCUGUUGCGCUGUCGAAGACACCAGUGAGUGAUAAGUGCGUGGGAGAAACGGAGUUAUCCUCCGGUCCUUCUACGAUCCUUUUUAUUUUCUAAAUAAACUCGUGAGGUUUUUUUUCUUUUUUCUUUCUUUUUGCGUGCGAAAAGGACGUUGAAAGAAGUGGAAGUUCGGACAGUGUCUCCGACGUUUCGUUGUGAUUCACGAAUCGUUCUAAAUGGCAGACAUGCGUAGUCUUCGUUCGAAGUAUCCAAAACUUUCCUUUUCGAGUACCCCAUUUACAGGUACAGAAAGAGAGUAAGAAAGAAAGAAAGAUAGAGAAAAAGGAAAGAGGGAAAGAAAGAAGAAGGAAAGAAAAAAGAAUCAUGUAAUUUUUAUGUUGAAACAUAACAGUACAAGAUGCGAGAAGACUUUCAGAAGUACUCAUUUUAGGAUAGGCAUAUGUGGAAGCCAAUCGAUUGGCUUUAUUACCAAAUAAAGUGUUUCCGUUCGUUCAUGAUCGCAAUUACACUGAACAUAGUAAUUAUGUAAGGAUGUAAUAACUGUGGGUGUUUAACAUCGUAGCCAUAAUAUCGUUGGUAUUAAGAAUCAGCAAUCAAAAUUACUGUUAUCAAAUGAUAUUUUCUCUAUUCUCUUAAUUGUUUUUUUUUUAUUUUUUUGUUUUUGUUUUAUACACUAUGUAUCCUGGCAGGAGCGAUUUCAAAUCACUUUCCGUUUUCAACACGAUAUAAUUAUAUACAUACAUAUAUACAUAAAAUAUCUGUAUGUAUAUUGCCUCUUGCAUUAGCACUUCUCUAAUUAUGAUAGCUUAAAUGUGAAGAAAAUCGAGUAAUAUUAAUCGAUCUAUUUGUGAUAGCUGUAUUGAACAUCCAUAGUUAUAGCGAUGUAGAGAUAUGUCUUUGUACAUUAUUCUAGAACACAUCUUUGUACAAUGUAAACAAGAUCAAGUUGAAAUGAGUGUGAGUAGGUGAACGGAAGAAAGAUAGCGGGUAGAAUGGCUGAAUUGUUCCUCAAUCGGAGAGACACGCUGUUUCUACAAAAAAAAAUUCGAACUUUGUAUUCGAAAUAUAUUUUAUGGAAACUGUCGGCUAGGCUAUCGUCACAUUAUCAUGUUUUCGUUGGCGGUAAAAGUAUCUACCCGGUUGUUAAAACGGUCGCGUUAUGUUAUAUUUGCCCGUGCCACACAAGAUAAAGAGCAGGAAAAUAUAUUAUUGCUAUAAUAUAUAAUUAUUAAUAUUAUUAUUUUUACAAUCAUUAUUACGAUCAUUAUUAUUACGUUAAUAUACAAUUAAUAUUAUUAUUAUAUUCAGGGAUCUUUAUUAUCUAGUUGUCACUAAUUAUCAUUGUUACGAAAAUCAGCGAGCAUAAUAUUACCGAUGCAUUGAUGCACCGCCGUAACAUUAUAUUAAUUGCCUUUCACGAUGAGGAAUUUUUAGGAGAGAACGAGAGCCAUAUUAUAGAAAGUGAAUAAGUUUCAUGGAGCUUCGUUUGACGAUUCAGUCGCGAGUCUACGGCGGUUUUUAUCAAUUCCACUUAUCAAUCACUCCGUCACUCGCUUGGAAAAUAUGCUCAUUUAACUUCCUAGAAUUAAAGCGAGAGCUAACGGUAGAUGAGCUAGAAAGACAUUUGCCAAAAAAAACAAGAUAGAAUUUAAAUUCAGUUCUUUCUUAUCUGUUAUUUAUUACUUUUAUUUAAGUCUUGUGUUCACUAGAAUAAAAAUUUAUGGCAAAAAAGUGAUAUAUGUAUCUUUCUAAUUAGAAAAUCAUUUUCUCAAGUGGUAAAAGCCGCACGUGGACCUCGUACUUAUCGCGAGACAUUUCGUUAUGGGUCUAGAGAGUGCAAUAAAGUCAGGACACGCAGUUUACUUUCCUUCUUAAUAACAAGACGACGUUGUCCCUUUGCUCUCCAUUGAUUGUUCUUAUUUUCUGCCUAGGCUACACGAGCGUCUUUCUCCUUAUUCUUUCUGCAUUUAAAUCCGUGGAAAACAAUUUGCGGUUCGAUGUUGCACUCUUCCUCACGCUUCUCUAGUGAUCUGCAUUACUUUCUUGACUAACUAACGUAAUUAAAAAAAAAAAAAAAAAAAGGAAACAGAAACCGAGUUGCCGAAUUUUUCGCGUUCUGUCGAACAGUUGCGCCCGAUUUGAUUUUCAAAUUCUAACUGAUUAUUUUUUGUUUCUUGAAAAUGAUAAUGAUUGAAAUGAUGGAGAAAAUUAUUACACCCGGGAAAUACAAAGACGUCUUAAAAAAUUUAAAAUUUUAAAAUUACAAGUAUCUUUGGAGUUUUAUUAUAUGUAUAUUUGCAGCAACGUUACAUUAUUAUUACAAAUGUAUAGCGCACUGCAAUAAAACGUUAUAAUGAAACAUUUCUGUAAUGUUUCUUGCAACCUUCUUGUUGUUGCGUCAUUACCGAAAUGUUUCAUAUUGUACGGGAAUUAAUGCCGUCCAAAAAAUGUUUUACAAAAGAUUUCGAUUUCAGUUUCAAAAAAAGAUGAUGUUGAAGUAAAUA